GGGAAGCCCAGAUGGGCAGAUGCAGAAGCGCAUGCGUCGAGUGGCUCUGGAAACGGGGCCAAGAAAAUCGAUGGCAUCGUUAGUCGUUGGGCGUUUGAGGGCCAGGAAGCAUGUCGGAGCCCACGGAGAUUAGCAGCUACGAGCAAGAGUGCCAACGGGCGGAGCUCCUCGGCCUCCAGCCGCCAGACAAAGCGGACUUUGAGCGGAAGCGCCAGGCACGGUUGGAGCAUGAAAUGGCCGAGCAGGAGGCCGCCGAGGCGGUGCUGCUGGAGCAACAGGACGAAUCGCUGGGCAACGUUGGCGGCAAGCUGGGCGAACUCAACAGCAUCCUGUCCAGCACUCAGCAGAAGUUGAAUCGCUUCAAGCAGACCGCUUGUGGCAGCCUGACGAAUAUUUUCGCCCGGGCCAGUUCCGGAUCGGUGGAUCUGACAGGCGCAGCUGGAGGCCCUGGACCAGCUCCACCGGACCAGCCGCCGCCACCGGUGAGGGAGCAGCCGGCGGCCAAGCCCCCGCCGACGGCUGCCGAGGUGGCCGCCGCCAAAGCGGCCAAGGCAAAGCGCAUGGACUCGCAGCUGGACAAGCUGGACACGCUCAUCAACCAGGCGGACAACGCCCAGAUCGCCAUGAGCGAGCAGACGCAGCAGAUGCGCCGCCUGGCCAAGUAAAUAGCACCAGUUGGGGUUUCUACUACAAUGAUUACAUGAAUCCGACUUUAUUGACUUAUUCCCCUCUCCGCUGCCAGGUAAUCCCGGCCAGCCAUCGCCCUCUCCUCACUCUCUCCUCUGUUUUGGAUGAACACAUGAGUUUCGCUUAAAACUAAACACAAGUUGGGAUUACCCGAAGCGUCUUCAAUCACAUUUUGUCGAGUGUGCGGGCCAUGAUGCAGUUCUUCUGGACUAGUGGACUACCGUACUCCACUGUACUCCUCACAUUCGUCCCCCUGGCUUUCCAUAAAUAUAGUUAGUAUACAUAUAGUUUAGUUAACAUCAGAGUUCUCGAAAAAAAUCCCGUUCUACAUCCUUCUCUCGAACAUUUGACAAUAAUAGUUUCGUAUUUUCGAUAAAUACAUAUAUAUUUUCUUCUUAGUCCUGGCGGGGCUUAGCCCCUCCUCGUGAAGAUUUCUUCAUUUUUUGUAUCGUUUUCGAAGCUAACCACCUCAUAAGUCACAUUUUGGAAAACUAUUUCAGUUCUUUUUUCGAAAUAUCUCAUAGAAUUGCUCUUCCUUUUGGAUAUCAUGGUGUGAGGGAUUGGAAACUUGAACCGAAGUCUGUACAGAAAACAAAAGCAAUAUUUUUUCGAUUGUAAGCAGUGCGUUUCACGGCUGUAAGGACAGUCGCGAAAGUGUUUAUCCAGCUAAUACUUGUUGCAAACCGUUUGUUAAACUAUACUAGAAAAAAUUAUGUAUUGUGUCGAGUAAUAAAUCAAAACUUUCUUCUUAAACUAA